UCUCUCUGCUGCUUCUCCUCGCCAUGGAGGCGAGGCCGCCGCCGCCGCCGCGGGGCUUCGAGCAGCGGACCGGGCGGCGGCCCUGAGGGGAGCGGCGGGCCGAGACGCCGCCGCCGCCGCCGCGGUGCUGAGGCGGAGCUGCCGUGCGCGUCCCCCGCGGUCCCGCCCAGCGCCGGGCUCGGUCAGCAUGGAUUCCUGGUUCAUUCUUGUUCUGUUUGGCAGUAGUCUAAUACAUGUCAGUGCCAACAAUGCUACAACAGUUUCACCUUCUUUAGAAAUUACAAGAUUAAUUAAAACAUCAACAACAGAAUCAGUUAAGGAGGAGAAUAAAACUUCAAAUCCAACCUCUUCAGUAAUUUCUCUUUCUGAGGCACCAACAUUCAGCCCCAAUCUAACUCUGGAACCCACCUAUGUAACUACUGUCAAUUCUUCACACUCUGACAAUGGGACCAAGAGAGCAGCAAGCACGGACUCUGGAGGCACUACUGUCUCACCCAAUGGAACAUGGCUUGAUAACUUAUUUACAGACGCCAGGACAGAACCCUGGGAGGGGAAUUCCAGCACAGCAGCAACCACUCCAGAGACCUUCCCUCCUGCAGAUGAGACACCAAUUAUUGCGGUGAUGGUGGCCCUGUCCUCUCUGCUAGUAAUCGUUUUUAUUAUCAUAGUUCUGUACAUGUUAAGGUUUAAGAAAUACAAGCAAGCUGGGAGCCAUUCCAAUUCUUUCCGACUGUCAAAUGGCCGCACGGAGGAUGUGGAGCCCCAAAGUGUACCACUUCUGGCCAGGUCCCCAAGCACCAACAGGAAGUACCCACCACUGCCUGUGGAGAAGCUGGAAGAGGAGAUUAACCGAAGAAUGGCUGAUGACAAUAAGCUCUUCAGAGAGGAAUUCAACGCUCUCCCUGCUUGUCCUAUCCAGGCCACCUGUGAGGCUGCCUCCAAGGAGGAAAACAAGGAAAAAAAUCGAUACGUAAACAUCCUGCCCUAUGACCACUCUAGAGUACACCUGACACCAGUUGAAGGGGUUCCAGAUUCUGAUUACAUCAAUGCUUCAUUCAUUAAUGGCUACCAAGAAAAGAACAAAUUCAUUGCUGCACAAGGACCAAAAGAAGAAACAGUGAAUGAUUUCUGGAGAAUGAUCUGGGAACAAAACACAGCUACCAUCGUUAUGGUGACCAACCUGAAGGAGAGAAAGGAGUGUAAAUGUGCCCAGUACUGGCCAGACCAAGGCUGCUGGACCUACGGGAAUGUCCGUGUGUCUGUUGAGGACGUGACUGUGCUGGUGGACUACACAGUACGGAAAUUCUGCAUUCAGCAGGUGGGCGACGUGACCAACAGAAAACCACAGCGCCUCAUCACUCAGUUCCAUUUUACCAGCUGGCCAGACUUUGGGGUACCUUUCACCCCAAUUGGCAUGCUCAAGUUUCUCAAGAAGGUGAAAGCCUGUAACCCUCAGUAUGCAGGGGCUAUCGUGGUCCACUGCAGUGCAGGUGUAGGGCGCACUGGUACAUUUGUCGUCAUCGAUGCCAUGCUGGACAUGAUGCAUUCAGAGCGGAAAGUGGAUGUCUAUGGUUUUGUGAGCCGGAUCCGGGCCCAGCGCUGCCAGAUGGUACAGACCGACAUGCAGUACGUUUUCAUAUACCAGGCCCUUCUGGAGCAUUAUCUGUAUGGGGAUACAGAACUGGAAGUGACUUCUCUGGACACCCACCUGCAAAAAAUUUAUAACAAGAUCCCAGGAACUAGCAACAAUGGAUUAGAAGAAGAAUUUAAGAAGUUAACUUCAAUCAAAAUCCAGAAUGACAAGAUGCGCACUGGAAACCUUCCAGCCAACAUGAAGAAGAACCGGGUUUUACAGAUCAUUCCGUAUGAAUUUAACAGAGUAAUCAUUCCAGUCAAACGCGGUGAAGAGAACACAGACUAUGUGAACGCAUCCUUCAUCGAUGGCUACCGGCAGAAAGACUCCUACAUUGCCAGCCAGGGCCCUCUUCUCCACACAAUUGAGGACUUCUGGCGAAUGAUCUGGGAAUGGAAGUCCUGCUCCAUCGUAAUGCUAACAGAACUGGAAGAGAGAGGCCAGGAGAAGUGUGCCCAGUACUGGCCAUCUGAUGGCCUGGUAUCCUAUGGAGACAUCACAGUUGAGCUGAAGAAGGAGGAGGAAUGUGAGAGCUACACUGUCCGAGACCUCCUGGUCACCAACACCAGGGAGAACAAGAGUCGGCAGAUCCGACAGUUCCACUUCCAUGGCUGGCCUGAGGUGGGCAUCCCCAGUGACGGGAAGGGCAUGAUCAACAUCAUCGCAGCGGUGCAGAAGCAGCAGCAGCAGUCUGGGAACCACCCCAUCACCGUGCACUGCAGCGCCGGGGCAGGACGGACAGGGACCUUUUGUGCCUUGAGCACCGUCCUGGAGCGUGUGAAAGCUGAAGGAAUUUUGGAUGUCUUCCAAACUGUCAAGAGCCUGCGGCUACAGAGGCCACACAUGGUCCAGACACUGGAACAGUAUGAAUUCUGCUACAAGGUGGUGCAAGAGUACAUCGAUGCCUUCUCAGACUAUGCCAACUUCAAGUAACAGGUGACGCGGCCCACAGACAGGAGAAUUGCCUUUAAUAUUUUGUAAUAUUCUGUUUUGUUAAUAUACCCAAAUUGUAUAUAUCUUAUAACUGUUUUAGAAAUGGCACAUAGGCUUCUAUUACUUAUUAGGUGGAGAUUUUGUAUGUAAAUGUGUUAGCACUGAUAGUCUUUUUUCCAGUGUUUUAUUGGGGAAUUAAAUAGUGUGAUAUUUGGAUUGAGAUCAUGAAAUCCUCAGCCUGGAAAUUGGGCUGGAUUAUUCUUUUGCUUUAAACAUCUUUUCCUAAAGAAGACAAACAUAAAUCUCAUUCCAAGUAGCUCGGUGCCGACUAGAACAAAGCACAAAGUUCUCAGAGCUCUUGAGGAAAUGGCCGUCUCACUGACUAUCCCCAUGCAGACCUCCCCUCCCUGUGCUGUAAAUAUCCAUCCUUCCAGUCCACCCUGUCUCCCACCACAUCCCAGGAUCAGCCACCCCCAGCGUGGGGCGUAGUGAGACCAGAGCGGUAUCUCUGGCACCACACUAGGGAUCAUCAGGUAAUAAAAACUUUUGAUUGCCUGAGGA